UUGGCUAAUAAAAACCCUCCUGCAAAUAUGUCUGAAGCAUUACUAAAUAUUCCAGAGCAUAUGUUUGGCAAUCUUGAAGAGAUUGGUGUCUCGGAAAAUUAAAAAAUGUGAAACAAUCGCAGACAAUUUUACUAGAUGAUUUGAAACUUAAAAAGAACUGCUUUAACUCAAGUGAAUGACAGCAUAAAUAAUAUUAUGUUCCAUAAAGCUCCCAAUAAUCGAUACUUUAGUCUAAAUGAAUUUGCAGAUUACCGUUUCGCAUCGCUUCCUCCCUGGCGACUUACCUUACCACAAAUAAACCUAGAUUUACAUCAAUUAUCCAAAAAGAAUACAGUACCUUUCUUAUAUGGGGCACACUUUGAAGAAAUAAAAACAAAAUUCCUUCUUCUUCUCCUUCUUUCUUUUUUAUGACUUUUGGCGUAGCCGACUGUCAGAACAAAUAUCAACUAGAAGAGGAAAAAGUCUCCAUAAUAGACUGAAUGAAAUAUAUUUGGGUAAUACAGGCCAAAAAGCAAAGAGGUAAGCUUGGAUGAUAAGAAAUUCGAAAUUGAGUCAAAAGCGUUUAUCCCUUUGAUACGGACUAGCCGAAUAUAGAGAGAGUGACAUUACUAUGUGUUGGAUUCAAUUCAUAAGACAAAACAGACUCCAAGAGAAGUAUACAUGAAAGAAUCAAAUUCAAAACGCAUAGACUAGGUACACCACAAUGAAAUUGAACUCAAUGACAAUUUCUGUCAAUGAAAAUGAAAUGAUAAACUGCCUAAACUAAAGGACUCCUGAGGUAAAACGGAUGAGCCAAAAGUUUUGAACGUUCAUAUGAACGAAAUUUGUUUUGCUACUUCUUUAAGUACGAAUUUUAUUACAAAAUAUUGUUUAAAAUAUCUAAAAAGAAGUUAUUAAUUCAAUAAUUGUUUAAUUUACUGUUUUAUUUUACAUGGUCAUCAUAAUUUUUAAAAAUUUAUAGAUUUGAAAAAAUAUUUCGUUCAUAUGAACGUUUAGAACUUUCGGCUCUAUAAAACAGAACAGAAUGAAACAGACUCCGGCUUAUUUCAAAAACAUCAAUGACUACUGUAACGAGAGUAUAAUGUAAACACCGGGUUUCAAUCACCUUGAAUAAGGGGUAUACAAUUAAGAUAUUAAAGUAUUGAAUACCACAGUUCUGCAAGGUCACAGAAAGUCAAUAAUGAGUCACUCAAAACUCUAACUAAACCAUGAAAAAGCGCGGGAGUGUAGAACAGCACGAAACAGCAUAUAUAUAAAAUAGAAAAAAUGGGUCAUUCAAAAAAAGGGGGCAAAAAUUUUAACAAUUGAGCAGAACAAUUACAGUGAGCGAGAGUAAGAGUCUCACACUCGCCUGAAGAACCAAAACAUGUAAACGACCAAAAUCAGAACAAACUUUGAAGAACACUUUUAGAGAGCACGUGGUAUAACACAUUAAAAGUUAAAAUGUUAUAAAAUUGCUUUCGAAAGCAGAACAGUUCAUUUAAAUUCACUGCACAGAACUUGGCUAAUAUAAAGAACACUCAAAUGUUAAACAAAUAAAACAGGGGUUCCGGAUGCAGGGUUCACACUCUUGAAGUAAAUCUGCAAUUCAAAUUACCCGAAACAUACCCCAUUUUUAAAUGCGAAACAUAUGCAAUAAUAAAGGUCUUAAUUUUUAUUGAUUACUCACAUCAAAACAAAUUUAUAAUUUUCUCUGACUCCCUCAGCGGUAUCAAAGCCAUAAAAAAUUCUACAAAAUUAGUCAAGAAAUACAAAAACUCAGUACAAAAAUAAUACAAAAUGGAAAAAAAAUUCUCAUAUUUUGGAUUCCUUUUUACAUCGGAAUACCAGGAAAUGAAAUAGCUGACUCCCUUGCAAAAAUUGCAUGUUCCCUUGAAACUAUCGACGAAUCAGCAACGAUUGUACCCCAAGAUUUGAAAAAAUUCUUCAAGAACGCAAGAUUGGAAUUAUGAAAUCAAGAUUAAAAAACCAAGUCUUCUACCAAAUUACACGAAAUCAAAAACAACGUUUAUGAAACCCACCACAUCUCACUGAACAACAUCAGAGACCAAGUAACCUUUACUUGCCUACAAAUCGGACAUAUACCUACCUUACUCAUUAUCGCUUGAUAAUAAGAAAACAACCUCCCUUCUGCAACCAGUGUCUAGUGAAUAUUACAACAAAACAGAUUCUAGUGGAUUGUCCUAUUUACAAUAUGCAAAGAAAUCGAGUUCAAAUCAAAAAACAAUUCAAACCUAUACUCAACGACAACCAACAGUUUCAAAAAGUUCUAAAUCUACUAAAAACAUUAAAAUUAUUAGAAUUAGUUUAAACUCAAAAUUUAAAAACUCCAAAUAAUUAAAACACUUAAAAAAAUGUUCAAAAUCAAAAAUUGUAACUCCAAAAUCAUAUUAAAUUAAUUAUUGUAUUAAAAUUAAUUAAAUUGUAUCUGUUUUGCUCAAAGACCGAAAACACUCAUUUAGCGAAAACAUCGACCAUAACGCGUUGUUGUGGCUCCUUCGAUUCGUCCACAUCGCGAUAUUCGAGUUAUGACAUGAGAAAAAGUGCUCUAAACGCGUUGUGGGAAUUUAUAAAGGACCACAACGCAAAAAUUCGCUUUGUGGCUGCUAUAAUAUUCGACCACAACGCAUUGCGGUAAUUGAGGAAUGUCACAACGCAUUCUGACUUCUUUAAUAUUUAACCACUACGCAUUUUGGUAACUAAGAAAUGAUCAAGAAUAAAUUACUGUAGAAAUUUUUCAAUAAAUACUAUAUAAUUUUAUUUACACUGAAUGAAAAUGAUUGAAAAUUUAUUUAUUUUUGCAGGAACUAUUAUAAAUUGCAUUUAAUGUUUUUGGAAUGACACUUGCACCUUUUGUCCUUCAUUGAUCCCGGACAGCUCCGAAACUUUGACUGAACCUCGCUUGACGAGGUUCGGGAACUUGAGUCGCGAGGUCCAAACGAGGUUGAGUUGAUGUUUAAAUGUCCGCGUAUAAUAAAGGUCAGUCACAGAGGUUGGCUGAAUAUUGGAUUUGAAUUUCUGUUAAAUAUUAAAAUUAAAGAUUCUUGGCAUAUUGUGAGGGGAUAUUUAAGGAAAUUAAAAAUUCAAGAUUUAUUAAAUGUAAUCGUUAAAUAUUCUGGAAAUUUAGAAGGAGCAUAAAUACAGAAAAAUAAAAAGAAAGCAAAUGAAUUUAAAAACCCAAUGGGAAAAAUGAAUAAUUAAUAAUUAAAUUAAAAUAAAAAAAUGGUCAUCAAAGUAUUAGUGAAACCAUUUCUUCUAAAACAGAAUUUGUCUCAAAUCCAAUAAAUAGGAGAGACAUCGGGCAGAAAAAAAAUUUCGACAAGAAAAAAAUUUUCGAUCACUGCUUAUAUACCAAUCUAAUGUCACCUCAACUGCGAGAAACAGUUAUGAUGUUCGCCCUCCCUGUGGCGUUGAGCGAACUAAAGUCCAGAGCUGAGCCAUCAGCGCAGCGCGGGAACAUAAUUUUUUUGUUAAAUAUUCGUAGUAAAAAAAAAUUUUCUACUACUACUACUACUACUAAAAUUUAUUGAAUAAAGUAAUAUUUGAAGGUAUUACAAUCGUUGAGGCUAUUGACAUACUUAUAAUAGAAAAUUGAUCAAUUAAGUAUCAAAGCAUGUGAUAGGUAAUUAACGAACAGCUUGUUUACAAGAAAAAUGUGAUAUGAUCAUUUCUUAAUUACCUAAAUGCGUCAUGGACGAAUAUUAAAGAAGUCAGAACGUGUUGUGUCAUUUUUUCAAUUACCGCAAUGAGUUAUGAUCGAAUAUUAUAGCAACCAAUGACCCUGGCAGUCGAUGCGACGUUCUAAACAAUGCAAAACAGAAGAAUAUUAGAAUCUUGCGCACAACACUAUAAUUUUAAAUAAAAUGUGUAGUUAAUAAAAUGUAAACAUUUUGAAAAUAGAAAUUUUGUUUAUUUAUAAAGUUUUCUUUGUCAAUAACAUUUUAUUCAAAUACACAAAAUUUUUUUAAAUUUCUUUUUUAAAAGAAAAUAAUAGAAUUAUUGAAAAGAUUAAUUUUUUUGUGUAAAGUCAUACCAGUUUUCCUUGAAUAUUAAAUAAAAUUUUCCUUUCUCAAUCACUGAAUACAUGAUUAUAAAAAUCGCUAUACAAUAUGAUAGUCUUUUAGUGCUCUAAACAGCAGCAACUUGAAUAGUAAUUUUACUAAAAAUUCAUUACAAAAUUGUUUACCGUUUAUUGUGUGUAGAGCAAUGAAAAUAUUAAUUGGAUCAUGUACAUACAUUGCAAUAAUUUGUCACUUCAUUGCUAUUGAUGGGAAAACUUUGAAGCCUGAAAAUCCCAUUUAUUUUAAAGAAUGUCCGAACAAUUUGAAACUCUUUGAAGCUGAUGAAGAUAGGUCUGAAAAGUUUUGUGACUGUGAAGAAAAUUUACUGUAUCAUCAAGAACACAAUUCAUGCUAUGAUGCUUAUCGAAAAGGUCCCUGUCCUUAUGGAUAUUAUUUUAUAGUUCCGCCCGGUGAAAUCGUGGCAAAAUGUGAACAAAAUCCUUGUGAGAUUGAUGGUCUUGUUCCUUAUAAAGGAAAGUGUCACACUCUUUGGAAAAUUGGAUAUCCCUGCAGUGAUAAUAGCAGUUAUUUAGGAAUCAAUGAUAAUUUUCAAAUAGAAUGUGAUGACUUAAAAUAUGCAAAAACGAUUAAUGGUGACAAUGCAUCAAAAUUCUGUCCAAAAAAUGCGUAUUUAACUUCAAUAAAUAACAAUUUGGUUAAUUUCAUUUGUGAGUGUAGAGAAACAUUUAUAUUUUCUCCAACAAAUUUUUCAUGUCACAAAGCUUACAUACAAGGUCCUUGCCCCGAAGGAAGUUACCUAACACAUGCUCCAGGAGAGAGACAUCCAAAAUGUGAAGUAAACCCUUGUCAGUAUGAUGGUCUUGUUCCAUUUGAGGGAGGUUGUCAUCAAAUUUACAAACAUGGACCUCCAUGCCCUGAUUAUUCUUAUAAAUUAACAGUUACAGCAAAAAGUUUUAAACCAAAAUGUGUUAAGUUUGAUUCUCCGAAAAUUGUUGGUGGGAUUAUAACUGCGCCUAUAAAAGCUUGUACAGCAGGGAGUAAACGUGUUAUUUUAUUAGGAUGUAAACGCGCUUUCUCAUGACCAACAAACUAUCUAUAGAAAGAAUUAAAAAUUCGUCAAAUUACGAUUCAGUGAAUUGGAAAUUCUCGCCAUUAAAAAUUUUAAUCACUUAAAAUUAUGUUUAAUGAGAAUUCUGGUUAAUUAAUAUUCGGAAGAUAGGUACCUAAAAAUUUUAUUAAGUCAAAAUCAUAGAGUUAAUAGAAAUAUAGAGUGGAUAAGGUAUAGGUAAUAG